AUGGGUUGUGCCUUAGAUAAACAAAAAUCUAUGAUAUCAAAAAAGAUUCCUAUUUCAAUAUUAAAAAAGAAAGGUGAUGAGAAAUAUAAUCAAACCUUAACCAACUCCUAAGAAAUUGAGUAAAUUGGGAAAAAAGUUUAUGAUUGUUAAAUUGACCAUUAUGAUAUAUCUCAAAACCCAAUUCUAAGAAGGAGAAUUGCAUCGACGAGUUAAAUUUGA